GAAUUCAUGUGAUGCUCAACGUCAGGUCAACACACCUUCCGACAUGGAAGUGUCCACCAUGGACGACACCAAAGAGGAGUACGAUGACCAAAGAUCACUUGUCCAAAAUGCUACGGACACCCUCCUCUUCCCCAUGCGCGUCGCGACCUCCCCUCCCCUCUUACGAACCUACCUGCGCACACUCCUCCUCCUCAUAGCCUCAACCGUACUCUUUGCCUUCGCCGUUAUCGCAUACAUAUCCUUCUACUACACCUACAUUCCCAUCCGCGGCAUCUCAGUCCCCGUGUACUUGCAAUUCGAUCACGGCACCACACCAAUAUCCUUCUUCGGCGACUCGAGCAGGACGUUCGGCCAGGAAGCACAGAAAUGGCCGCAUGCGGUUGCGGGCGUGCAUGGGCUGGUGAAUAGACAGAAGUACGAUGUCAGCGUGGAAAUGGUGGUGCCGAGGAGUAGAGGGAAUCUGGGGGCGGGGAAUUGGAUGGUCGAACUAUCUCUGCGCGGUCCCUCCUCUUCCUCUGCGUCACCGGGGAUAAGGAGCAUGUUAGGCUGGGACGACGACACCGCUGAAUCCACCACUCGAGACAGCACAGCUACCACCACGAGCAGACCACCCGUCCUCGCGCACUCCCGCCGCCCCGCCAUCCUAACCUACCGCAGCUGGCCCACCGAGCAUCUCUACCGGCUCCUCCGGCUCCCCUUGUAUCUCGCCGGUUUCGGCACCGAGAGCGAAACACUGCACAUCAGCAUGCUGGAGAGUGCGUACUUCCUCUCCACCGUCCCGUCGUCUCUGCGCCUCGAACUACGCAGCAGAACAGCGCUGGAAAUAUACCACGCCAACGUCCAUAUUAAAGCGAAACUGGAGGGGCUGCGGUGGCUUAUGUAUAACUAUAGGGUAGUGAGCGCGGUGGUGUUCGUGGGGUUGUUUUGGGGGACAGAGAUGGGUGUUUUACUCUUGACGUGGGGGGUUGUCACCAUGCUGUUCGGGUCUCCUACCUCGCUCAAAGGAACGGGAGAGGAUGGGGGAAGUAAGAUUAAGAGAGAGAUGGACGGCGCAAGCGAAGCAGGCACAGAGUACAGCGACGCAUCCCACACGUUCCCCACGCUCUCAGGGCAGGCACCACUUCGCUACUCCUCUCCCGAGAACAAAACGAAAACGAAAAAAGAGCUUGAGGACCAAAGACUGGAAGACAUACCGCUCAAAGAAGACGCCGAGGCGGACGAUGAAGAUGACGACUUUGUGCUCGAUGAGCCGGUGCUGAGGAGCAUAGAGAGCCAGGGGGUGUUUACAGAUAGUGGCCUCGGGACGGCUAUGGAUAGUGAGCGGGAUAGGGAGCGGGAUAGGGAGAGGGAGAGGGUGAGACGAAGAGGGAAUGCGGGGGAUGGACGGGUCAAAGAGGAAGGGCGACUUUAGAAGAGGUGUCCUUGCAAGCGCCGACACUCAGGCUCUCAUGUCCCAGCUGGGCCUGGUUCAGCACGACCUGAGGAGACGGAGCGGAGGGCUUCGAGAUGAUGGAUCAUGAUGGCACGAGGAGAUGAAGAGAUGAGCGUAUCCAUAGCACAGCGUAUCGCUUGGAUAAGACUAAUACAUGUAUACAAAGCCCAACGCCCUGCGAACUGAUGCGAACAA